AUAUAGAUAUAAUAUGCUACAUCAGAACAAAAUAUGAUCUUUUAAUUGAGAAUAAGUACUAAAAUCAAAAGUUUAAUUUUAACGACUCUAUCUAUCAUAUUAGAGUUGUCAGUGGGAUAGAUAACUAUGAUAUAGAAGAUUAACUUGUACACAUAAUUUGAAUUUUUGGAUAAUCAAUUCAAUUUCUGUUUGGUUUCAGGUAGAGGCCACCGGCCACCGCCUGCGAAAGCUUCUUUUUCAAUACACACUUCCAAGUUCCACGUCUCCAUGUAAAACUCUACCUCCCCUUCCACCGCAUAACCCUUCGUCUCUCUCUGCAACACUCUCUCCAAACGUGUCUGAUGUUUCAUGUUCAAUUCUGAGAGCCAAUAGCUAUACAAAAUCAAUCGGAACUUGUUUCCUUCUCAUGAUCCACGAUAAUUCACACCACGGUUGGUUUUUUUUCCGACUUCUGAGUCUGUUCUUGUUCUUGUUCUCGUUUAGUUGGAUAAUUAAAGAGAUUAACCAUGAAACGGACUAAAUUAGACGGGUUCAUGUCUUUCAGACAGAAAAGAUGGAUUCAAUUUCUGAUCGGCGUAGGGAUUUUGUAUCUGCUGCUCAUGGUCAAUUUCGAAGUACCCUUCCUGUUCAAAUCAGUUACUCAAGAAAAAGAUGCAGAACAAAGUUCUAGAAAUACCUUGUUCUUCACCGACGGAUUGUCUAAGGAAUCGUUAGUCUUAGACAGUGAAGAAGAAUCCCCAAUUCGACCUCUGAAAGUCCCCCAUUAUGCUCCAUCAAAUCCUAGGCGUGUUGGAAAAAUCCGCGAAUUCAAAGCUUUAUCAAACUUGAAAUUUGACGUCGACUUUGUAAACACUAAACCUGGAUUUGGGGGAAUUCAAACAUCUGCAAAAGAAGCUUUUCUCGUAGGGAAGAGUUUCUGGGAAGAAGUUGAAUCACCAUCGAAAAACAACAUAACAGAAGGUAUCAAAAACCAAACUAUCGAGAGUUGCCCUGGUUCGAUUACGCUAUCAGGUUCUGGUUUCCAAAAAAAGGGAAACAUUAUCGUGCUUCCUUGUGGGAUGACAUUGGGAUCACAUAUAACUCUUGUCGGGAGACCUAGAAAGGCUCAUUUUGAACAGGACCCAAAGAUCUCAUUGUUGAAACAGGGUGAGGUUUCACAGUUUAUGAUGGAGUUGCAGGGUUUGAAAACUGUUGAUGGAGAAGACCCACCAAGAAUUUUGCAUUUUAAUCCUCGAUUGAAGGGUGAUUGGAGUGGAAAACCUGUGAUUGAACAGAACACUUGUUACAGAAUGCAAUGGGGCAUUGCUCAUCGAUGCGAGGGAUGGAAGUCUAGGGUUGAAGAAGAGACUGUUGAUGGUAAGGUGAAAUGCGAGAAGUGGGUUCGUGAUGAUGAUGGUCACCUCGAAGAUUCAAAAUCAAGUUGGUGGUUGAAGAGAGUGAUAGGCCGAACCAAGGUGCCUUUUGAUUGGCCCUUUCCCUUUGUAGAAGGGAAGCUAUUUGUCCUCACUCUUAGCGUGGGUUUAGAGGGUUAUCAUGUCUAUGUUGAUGGCAGACACAUCACUUCAUUUCCUUAUCGAACAGGAUUUGCAUUGGAGGAUGCUACGGGUUUGGCUUUGAAAGGGGACAUUGAUGUCCACACUAUACUUGCUGCCUCUCUUCCUUCUGCACAUCCAAGUUUCACGCCCCAAAAACACCUUGAGAUGUCCCAAAAAUGGAAGGCGCCGCCUCAUCCAAGUGGGCCCAUCGAUCUGUUUAUUGGAAUUCUUUCAUCAGGAAAUCAUUUCGCCGAGCGAAUGGCGGUUAGGAAGUCAUGGAUGCAACAUGAUCUCAUCAAGUCUUCUCAUGUCGUUGCUCGUUUCUUUGUGGCACUCCACGCAAGAAAAGAAGUGAAUGUCGAGUUAAAGAAAGAAGCCGACUUCUUUGGCGAUAUCGUCAUUGUACCUUACAUGGAUCAUUACGACCUCGUUGUUUUGAAAACCGUUGCAAUAUGCGAAUACGGGGUUCAUACAGCUUCCGCAAAGUAUAUCAUGAAAUGUGACGAUGACACGUUUGUUAGAGUCGACAUUGUUUUAAACGAGGCAAACAAAGUAAGCGAUGGCAAAAGCAUAUAUGUGGGAAACAUCAAUUACUAUCAUCAACCUUUACGCUAUGGGAAAUGGGCUGUAACAUAUGAGGAAUGGCCGGGAGAAGAUUAUCCACCAUACGCAAACGGUCCGGGGUAUGUUAUAUCAUCGGAUAUUGCCGAGUUCAUAGCAUCGGAAUUCGAGAAGCAUAAAUUGAAGUUGUUUAAGAUGGAAGAUGUGAGCAUGGGAAUGUGGGUCGAGCAAUUCAACAAAAAGAAGCCGGUUGAUUACGUUCAUAGUUUGAAGUAUUGCCAGUUUGGUUGCAUAGAAGAUUAUUAUACAGCACAUUAUCAAUCUCCAAGACAAAUGGUAUGCUUGUGGAACAAAUUGCAGCUUCUUGGACGACCAGAAUGUUGUAACAUGAGAUAG